AAGAAGACGGACGUCAACAUCGUCAUCAUCAGCAUGUUGUGGUGCGGGUGGUUCGUGCACAUGUAGUAGCGGCGGCGCGGCAGCAGUGCGACCCCCAGGCAGCAGCGGCCUUGGACACACGGCCCAGCCAGCCCCGCCACGCCGAGGAUGGGCGAGACGGUGGCCGGCAGCCUCGUCCCUGAGUGGGCUGACAUCGACCCCAGUGUGUUGGGCGAGCCCGUCAAGAGCAUCGAGGACAAAUGGAAGCUUGUGCCAGCAUUCCUGCGCGUGAAGGGCUUGGUGAAGCAGCAUAUAGACUCCUUCAACUACUUCAUCAAUGUGGACAUCAAGAACAUUGUCAAGAUCAACAGCAAGGUGACCAGCGAUGUUGAUCCUCUCUUCUAUGUCAAGUACAUGGAUGUUCGUGUGGGCAAGCCAAGCAUAGAGGAAGGCAUGAACAUCUCCAAUGAGACGGCUCCACAUGAAUGUCGGCUGCGGGACAUCACCUACUCAGCACCAGUGAUGGUGGACGUGGAGUACAUGAGAGGCGAUCACCGCAUCUUCAGACGGGAUAUUCCUAUCGGACGAAUGCCCAUCAUGUUGAGAUCAUCUAACUGUGUGUUGUCGGAGUGUGGGAGUCAUGCUGAGCUGGCCAAGCACAAUGAGUGUCCCCAUGACCCGGGUGGAUACUUCAUCAUCAAGGGACAGGAGAAGGUCAUCCUCAUACAGGAGCAGUUGUCCAAGAACCGAAUGAUAGUUGAGGAGGACAAGAAAGGUGGCCUGACCUGCCAGGUGACGUCAUCCACACAUGAAAAGAAGUCCCGCACCAACGUGACCUUCAAGAAUGGCAAAUACUACCUUAAGCACAAUGCACUCACUGAUGAUGUACCAGUGGCAAUUGUCCUCAAGGCCAUGGGGGUUGCCAGUGACCAGGAAAUUAUGCAGAUGAUAGGGACAGAGGACCACAUCAUGACCUCUUUUGCUGCCUCACUUGAGGAGUGUGCAAGGCUGAACAUCUACACACAGACUCAGGCUCUUAAGUACAUUGGGAAUAAAAUCCGUCAGAAGCGCUUCUUUGACCGUGGUCCCAAAAAGACCCCGGUGGACGAGGCAAGGGACUUUCUGGCUACCACUGUCCUGGCCCAUGUCCCUGUUGAGAAGUUCAAUUUUAAAAUGAAGUCUGUUUAUCUAUCGCUGAUGGUCAGGCGCGUGAUAGAGGCCCAGGGAGACACAAGGACUAUUGAUGAUAGGGAUUAUUAUGGCAACAAGAGGCUGGAAUUGGCUGGUUCAUUAAUCUCCUUGUUGUUUGAGGACUUGUUCAAAAAGUUCAACACUGAUUUAAAAAAACGGGCAGACCUGGUGCUAGGCAAAAAGGGUAAAGUGGCCCAGUUUGAUGCAGUUCAGUACAUUCAGUCAAGCCAAGAUGUGAUAACCAAUGGGCUGGAGGUUGCCAUAUCAACAGGGAACUGGACUAUAAAGCGUUUCAAAAUGGAGAGGCAAGGUGUAACGCAGGUGCUUGCCCGCCUCUCCUACAUCUCUGCCCUUGGUAUGAUGACCCGUGUCAACUCACAGUUUGAAAAGACACGGAAAGUCAGUGGUCCAAGGUCACUGCAGCCUUCCCAGUGGGGUAUGGUGUGCCCGUCAGACACCCCUGAGGGCGAGUCAUGUGGCUUGGUGAAGAACCUUGCCCUCAUGACACACAUCACAACAGAAGUGAACCCUGAACCCAUCAUUGAGUUAGCCUUCAACUGCGGUGUGGAAGACAUCAAUCUACUGUCUGGUGAGGAGCUCUCCAACCAUGACGUGUUCCUUGUAUUCCUCAAUGGUAACAUAAUUGGAGUGACACGAGACUACCGAAGGGUCGUGCAAGUAUUCAGAGCAAUGCGUCGCAGCAACAUCAUCAGUGGGUUUGUCUCCAUUUACACCCACCAUAAGCACCGUUGUGUCUACAUCAGCUCUGAUGGCGGCCGGCUCUGUCGCCCUUACAUCAUUGUGGAGAGUGGUCGGCCAGCUGUCUCUGAGGCUCACAUCAAGAAGCUUACAAGGGGCCUCAUGACUUUUGAGAAUUUUCUCCAUGAGGGGCUGGUGGAGUACCUUGAUGUCAAUGAGGAAAAUGACUCCAGUAUUGCCAUGUAUGAACACGAGAUAUCUCUGAAAACCACCCACAUGGAGAUUGAGCCAUUCACCAUCCUGGGUGUGUGUGCAGGACUCAUCCCGUACCCUCACCACAACCAGAGUCCUCGCAACACCUAUCAGUGUGCUAUGGGGAAGCAGGCCAUGGGCACCAUUGGUUACAACCAGAGGAAUAGGAUUGAUACCUUGUUAUAUAAUCUUGUGUAUCCACACAAACCUCUAGUCAAGACAAGAACCAUUGAACUCAUCAACUUUGAGAGUCUGCCAGCUGGACACAAUGCCAUGGUGGCUGUCAUGAGCUACUCUGGCUAUGACAUAGAGGAUGCCAUCAUCAUAAACAAGGCCUCACUCGACAGGGGUUAUGGCCGCUGCCUCGUUUACCGGAAUGCCAAGUGCACGGUGAAGCGGUAUGCCAACCAGACGUCUGAUCGUGUUCAAGGACCUCUGAUGCAGGUUUUGGAGGGUGGCAAGCAAAAGCCCAUCUGGAAACAUGAUGCCCUGGACAGUGACGGCUUAGCAGCUGUAGGGACGCCUGUGCUGCCUCGUCAAGUCCUGAUCAACAAGCAGAUGCCCACCGUGACUCAGCUGUCAUACACAGAGGACAAGAACGCCCAGCCAGGUGCCUUCCGAGAAACUCCAGUGGGACACAAGGGACCUGGCACUGUGUAUGUGGAGAAAGUUAUGCUCUCCUCAGAUCCUGAUGAAUUCAAUCUGAUCAAGAUCCUCCUGAGACAGACUCGCAGACCAGAAAUAGGAGAUAAAUUUUCCUCUCGUCAUGGACAGAAGGGGGUUACGGGCCUUAUUGUACAGCAGGAAGACUUGCCUUUCUCUGACCAAGGCCUCUACCCAGACAUGAUCAUGAAUCCCCAUGGCUUUCCCUCACGCAUGACUGUUGGGAAGCUCAUGGAGCUUCUGGGAAGCAAGGCAGCAGCCCUAGAAGGAAGGUUCAAUUAUGGAACAGCAUUUGGUGGCACACCAGUGAAGGAGAUCAUGGAGGACUUAGUCAAACAUGGCUUUAAUUAUCAGGGUAAGGACAUACUAUACAGCGGAACGACGGGUGAGGCGCUUACGGGCUACAUCUUCUUUGGGCCAGUGUACUACCAGAAACUAAAGCACAUGGUAAUGGACAAGAUGCAUGCCCGGUCCAGGGGGCCCCGUGCUGUGCUGACUCGCCAGCCCACAGAGGGUCGUGCCAGGGAUGGAGGACUCAGGCUUGGUGAGAUGGAGCGUGACUGUCUCAUUGGGCACGGUGCUAGUAUGCUGUUGUUGGAGCGCCUCAUGAUCUCUUCAGACGCCUUUGAUGUGGAUGUCUGCAACUCUUGUGGUCUGCUUGGCUAUUCUGGCUGGUGCCAUUAUUGCCGCUCCUCAGCCAAUGUUUCCUCCAUACGCAUCCCUUAUGCCUGCAAGCUUCUCUUCCAAGAGCUGCAGUCCAUGAACAUUGUGCCGCGCUUAAGACUAGAAAAUUAUUGUGCGUAGCAGCGAAGGAGUGUAUAGGUAAGUUAAUCUAAUUUUUUUUAAACUAAUGUGGUGUUCUGGGUACAGUAGAGUAUCUGUACAUAACAGUAGAGAUCUUAGAAGUUAGGUUGAUGGAUAAAAGUGUAUCCCAACUCAAACUCAGAGAAUUUUUGUAUGGAACAGUCAGGCUGUGCAAGAAAUUUGAGUUGUUUUAUUCACUGAUUUCUUAUAUAGAGUAGGAAAGUUACAACUUAUGGGACUUUUGACCACCCGUACUUAUGACCAUAAACAUGGCGACUUAUUUCCCCAAUGGGGAAUUUUCCAAACUCUGUCCAUGAAGGAGCAGCACUGUGCCAUCCAGUCCCAUGGCAUGAGGGAAAUGAAAAUACAACACCUCUGAUUGCCUCUCUAAAAGUGCUGUGAUAUAAAGUAUUACAAUAUUUUAUUUAAGUAGUUAACCUUGCUUUAUAUUUAACAAAAUAUCUUAGUAGCUUAGCCUCAGCCCUUUUAGAAAAGCAAAUGAGAAGUAUUGCUUUUCCAUCAUCUCACUGAGGGGCCAGACACAGUGCUUCCCCUACAGAUAUUCAGCUUAGGGCAUCCACCAUUGCUGGGUGGCAAUGCUGUACAGGCACAUGUAUGAUCAUUACUGUCCUGGUUGUAAUGUAACCUAGUUGUAAAUAGAGGACACUCAGUAUUUUGCUAGGCUUUUUGUACUGUUUUAUAUUUACAUAGGCCAGGUGUAGGCUGUGUAUUACUAUUCAGUAUAAUAUGGCAGGUGCCCAACUAUGUACCCUUCUUGGCACAGGUUCCUAUGGAACCUAAUAUGCACAUUUCUUAAAUGCGAAGGUUUCUGUUGCUGUUUAGAGGAUUGGCUGUGGAUUUAAAAAUAAGAAGCUUUUCUUCUCAUAAUUCACAAUGUAACAUGAUUUUAUUAUAGACAGCUUUUAUACAGAUUACAACAAAUAAUAUACAAACGUAAGAACUCAUAAUUUAAAACUCUACAUAACAAAUAUAACAAAUAGGAAGUAGUACAUACAAAACUAUUCACAAUAAUAAAUAAUACAAUGGUUGUAGAGUGAUGAGUAGUAGGAGUGUUAUGCCACUUGGGAAUAAAACCCUGGCAGAGAAUUUACAGAUGAAAGCAGCAGCCAAGUGAAUGAAGUACAAGCACAGAUUGAGCUUAAGGACACAUUGUACUUUCUGCAGAGCCAUUCAGCAAAUCUAAUACAGUAAAGUAUGUUUUAGCAGCAUUGUCUCACCUCUAUAAAGAAUGGUGAAUUCCUUUAUAGUUAGGGUAGGGGUGUCUUAGUAAUCUCGCCACCAAAGAGCAAGAUAACUUGUUUACUGUACUAGAUUGCUAAAAUUCACUGUCAAAUAUAAUAAGGUGUCCUUAAGCUCCCUUCCACAACCUUGCCCAUACAGUGUCCACCUUUCCAAGAGGUACAGCUUAUUGCACAUGCAUUGUUAGGGUUUUCCCCAGCCCUGUUUGGCUCUGCGCACACUUGGCAAAUACUGAUGAAGCUGCGCAGCAAGGAACCAUACCAACUUCUUGACAAUCUAUUAAUAAUAUACUCCACACAUCUGUACAUUCAUACAAAUAUUCUCCGAGUUUAAGAAAUUACAUUUUCUUGAGAAAAAAUAAAUGUACUUUGUAUAA